AUGAAGGUCUCUUCCGCCGGCAUCGUCGCCCUUGCCGCCUUUCUCGGCCAGUCCGACGCUUUGUUCUGCUUCUUCCGACCCCUCUUCCUGCCCCUCCCGAUCUUGACAAUCAGACCCGGAGGCGGCGGUGGUGGUGGUGGAGGAGGCGGCGGCGGAGGCACCACCACUGGGCCGCAACAGUCGUGUCCGACGCCCGGCUGCGCCCAACAGAGCUGCCCGACGCCGCAGUGCAUCCCUCUCAGCGACCCAUCUCCCUACGGCAGUGAUAUCGACUACUGUCUGACCCAGGGCAAGAACUCUCUCUUCACGGCGGGAGGGUCAUUCCACGACUGCGAUUGGUAA